UUUCCCCAGCUCAUUCGUUGCCCGCAGACAGUUCCGGAGCGCAAGUAGCCGGUCGAUUUGAUCUAGUGAGUGAACGUGUGAUUGUGGUGUCCGCGCGCUAAGUGAAGUAAUGGACUGACCGUGAUUAUUUCUUUUUGCUAUUGUUGGCGUCUUCAUCUCACCAUGAUGAAUGGAAAGCUACAUGCGGCAGAACAUCUGCCGAAUGCAGAAGAUCUGUUAAAUCCAUUUGUACACCGCCUCGAACUGUCAACAACGUACGACAAAAUUAAGACGGGUGUGCUGACUGUGGCGGUGCUGCCGUUCCGCGUGGCGGCCAUCAUGGUGCUGCUGGUGCUGGCGUGGUUGCUGGCGUGCGUCGGCCUGCUGGGGCUCUCCGAGGACGACCUGCGCUCCAGGCCCAUGACCGGCUGGCGGCGCAAUGCGCGUGCUGUGAUCUGCUGUGUGAUGAGGGGUCUCUUCCUGUGUGGAGGAUUCCACUGGGUGACGGUGAAGGGAAAACAGGCGACGGCUAAGGAAGCGCCCGUCCUGGCAUUAGCGCCGCAUUCCUCCUACUUUGAUGCGUUGCCAGUUGUAUAUCUGGGUGCUCCGAGUAUUGUUGCAAAGGGCGAGACUGGACACUUGCCCUUCUUUGGAAAGCUGAUAAACUACACCCAGCCUGUGUAUGUGUGGAGGGAGGAUCCUAACUCAAGACAAAACACCAUCAAGGAGAUCAUCGAGAGAGCCACCUCAGAUCUCGACUGGCCACAGGUGCUCAUAUUCCCAGAAGGAACAUGUACAAACAGAUCGUGUCUAAUCACAUUCAAACCAGGAGCUUUCUACCCAGGAGUACCUGUGCAGCCUGUCUGUCUACGUUAUCCAAACAAACUUGACACAGUUACUUGGACCUGGGAAGGACCAGGAGCGUUAAAACUGCUGUGGCUUACUCUCACACAAGUUCACAGUAGCUGUGUCAUAGAAUUUCUGCCUGUCUACCAUCCAAAUGAAGAUGAGAAGAGAGAUCCCAAACUUUACGCCAAUAAUGUACGGAAAUUAAUGGCAAGGGCUCUUGGCAUACCCAUGUCAGAUUAUACAUAUGAUGAUUGCCGUCUUAUAACAAGAGCUAAAAGGCUCAAUAUACCAGGAGCUGCUGGCUUGCUUGAAGUUCAGAAGCUAAGGGGACGGCUUGGGUUAGUGAAUUCAGAUGCUGAAGAAAAGAUUCUGUCUGAGCACAGGCAUCUUUUCAGCAAAGAAGGUGGCAAAAUCUCCUAUAAGCAAUUUGCAAAGUUACUCGGUAUAGAGCCCAGUGAUGGUCAUCUUCAGCAGCUCUUCUGCCUAUACGAUAAGGAAUCCUCUGGAGUCAUUGAUGUCAGGGAAUACAUUUUUGAAGUGUUGGUGAUAUCAAAGGCAAAGAAAACAUCAGACAUUAUCCCUAUAGUUUUCCAGGUGUUUGGUUCAGGGGAAGAUGGCAGUUUAAGCCAGUCAGAUCUGCCUGGUGUACUGCAACAUACAUUGGGUAUGGCACCCAUGGAGGUAGCUCAGCUCUGCAGCCAUCUGGACAAGACUGGCAAAGCUCAUAUCUCACACGAUGAACUUACAAAAUUUCUGCAGCACAAGUCGGAUUGCACAGGACUCUUCAGUAGUAACCAGUGGAAUCUAAAGAACAGUUUGAGCACGGAAUGUCUAUUGAGUACAGGAAGUAGUAAAACAGAAUGAACAGAAUGUAAUGUGGCUCUUAGUGAAUAAUGACUACGCCUGACAGUGACAGUGGCAAUGACUGCAAGACUGAAGAUAAUUCACUGCACAUGUGAGUGGGUUGGAGUCAGCAGUUUUGUUAUUUGCCUGUUGUCAAACUGGAUGUUACAAGGACUUGUAUGUAAGACAUUAACAUGACAGGUUCAACUGCCAUUUUGUGGGGAUGAAUACAGUGUACAUUACCAACAGAUCUGUGUAAAGGUACUGGAGAAUCUGCACAAAUGUUACCAAUCUAGUGACUGAAUAAUGUACUAAUCAAUUCAUUCCUGUGUUUUAUGAUGUGAUAUUCAGAGAAAUGCUAAUGUACAGUGAAAUACAGCAAUAGUAGGAUAUUAUUCAGAAUAUUUUGAGUCUAGUUUUAUAACAGCAUAUUCUGUCAUAUACUUUUCUGGAUUUAUUUGUGUUCUCUUCUUAUCAUUCAGAAGCAUGGAGUUCUGCAUUUUUAGAAAACUUCAUUGGCAAAUGUUACAUAAACGUGAUCAUACUGAAGGUGGAAUCUUGUGAAAAACAGUUUUGUGUAACUCUGUAUUUUUAUGCAUCAAAUGAUUGUUUCUCACUAAAUUCUGAUCAGUAGAUAAUGUGAAGGGUCUAGUAUUGCUGAACAGACUUUCAUCAUAUUGCAUAUUAUGCUACUAUUUUUUGUCGCAAAGAUGAUGUAAUUGGCUAUGAAAAACAAGUCGUGUAAUUACAAGUCUUUGCUGAUGUACCAUAAUUAAUUGAAUUUGUCUGAAAAACUCCAAUGGAGCUACAAGCAAUAAAUUAUUUUUUUUACUGCAGCUGAAACCUUUUAUACACUAAUAGUUUUUUAUAUACAAAAAUAUUUAUCUUUGGAUUAGUACAUAUGCCAUGCAGCUUGAUGGCUCGUUAACUUCAUAUAAAAUUUUAGUACUACUGAAGUAAGGAUUUAAUAUCUGUAAUUAUUUUAAUGUGUGGCAUGUAAGUAGUGACACUUGGUCUUAUUAGGGUAUUUCAAACUUUGGGACCAGCAAGUUCUAGUUGAGCUUUCCAACAGUCUUCCUCUGUAAAAGUGAGUCAUCACAUAAUACUGUACACAAGCAUAUUGGAUUGCUAACAUUUUUCAGAAUGAUCAAUAUACACUCAUUUCUGUGCCCUUCCACUCAUUCUUGGUGUUCACUUUCUAAAGUAUGCCCCAAGUUGCCAAUCCUCUGCAGUUCUCCAGUCAUUCAAGUUUAAUUUCUUAACACAGCUGCAAAUAUGUCCAUAUGACAAGGCAGAGCAACGUUUCUACUCUGCUCCCAUAUGAAUUUGUGCUCACAAUUCACACUUUCUUUUGUAUUGAAACUUCCUGGCAGAUUAAAUCUGUGUGCCGGACCGAAACUCGAAAUCGGGGACCUUUGCCUUUCAUGGGCAAGUGCUCCACCAUCUGAGCUACCCAAGCACGACUCGCGCCCCGUCCUCACAGCUUUACUUCUGCCAGUACCUCAUCUCCUAUCUUCCAAACUUUACAGAAGCUCUCCUGUGAACCUCGCAGAACUUUUGCAUUACUGAUCAGUUCCAGAACUAAUGACUCUGUAUAUCAGAUAAUGAAAUUGGUUUUGCAAACGAUUAUUCAUUUUAUUCUGUAGCCAAUGGAAAUAGAUGGCAGUCUGAACAAUAGCCAUUUUAAUCAACAUAAUUCCUCUGUGUUUACCUUGAAUUAUUUUUGAAUUAUACACAUUUGUAGGAGAAUAUAAUGGCUUUGUAGCAUUGGCACAUCUUAUUGAGAUGUGAUCCUCAUCUGCAUGUAUGAUAUUGCCACAAAACUAUAAUGUUACAUCAAUUUCAGGGUAUUUUGUCGAAAAUAGUGAAUAUUCUCAUCAGGACGAGUGCUUCACCUUUUAAGCCAACUCUGCUUUCUUUUUUCCAUUAUCAUAUCUUUAACUCACAUUUUAGUUCAUUCAGGCAGUGGAAUGAUGAUUAUAAGCAAAACCUAGUUGUGCUAUAAUGGCCUCUUUUUGCCAUAAAUUUUACAGAACACCUGUAUAAAAUUUGAAUGGUUCUACAAAUAUUUUCACAUACCUAACAGUUAGCAGCUUCAAUAUGUGUUCUGUAUAAAGAAUCAAGAGCAGCAUCAAACCAGUCUUUGAAUUGAGGAUCACAACCAUAAAAUGGCCAUGCAAAAUGCCAUAUUUUUUUUUUUUUUUUUU